AUGGUUUUACCUGAACUCAGUCGUCUAGAGUAUAAGCUGGAAGACCUGGUGGACCAGGCACGGAUGUCUGUGGACGAACGCAACCGGACGCUGCGGCUAGAUAUCAAACCCAUUCCAUCUUCAGAGCGCGACUUAGAAAAGACACUGACUGCAACAGUCGAAUCUAUUGCGGAGCUGCGCGAUGUGGUGCUGGACAAUAACAAACCUGCAGACUCCAAGAGACGAAACGAGUUACUAGAACGUUUCACAGCAAACUACAAUGAGAUUUUACAGCAGUACAAACACGAUCCUAAUUUAAAAACUAGUUUUAAAGAGUUAACUCUAGAACGGCCACAAGCCAAACCAAAACAUGUCCGAUUUCGAGACAACCUUGUGGACAUUAAAAACUAUAACCCUGCGCAUUCUUCAUCAGCUGCUGGUUCUGCUGAGCCCGCAGCAACAACCGCUGGCGCUUCAGCUUCUGAUAAUAGUAAUGGAGGCUCUCAAGGGGUAAGAUCCAUGCUUUUUAGCCAGCAACCAUAUAGUGAUGACCCAAGCACACAGUCGUACCAUGAUAGUGAUGACAGUGAUGACAGUGAUGGAAGUGGUCCACUGCUGCCACGCGUUGACACAAACAACCACCAACACUUGCGACAACAGCAGCUAGUGCUCGAUGAACAAGACCAACACUUGGACAGAUUAGCAGCAAGUGUAUCGCGCCAACACAUGCUGAGUCUCCACAUUGGAGAUGAGCUAGAAACCCACUUAGAUCUGCUUGACGAGGUUCAUGAGUUUGCAGAUCGCUCUCACAACCGUCUGGCCACGGCAAAGAAGCGUCUCACAAAGUUCUCUAAAAAGGCACGCGAAAAUGGUUCCAUCCUAACCAUUGCAAUUCUAUUUAUAAUAUUCAUAAUCCUGCUCAUUGUUUUAAAAUGA